AUGGGGUUGAUAGGGAAGAUAGUUAGGAAGAGGGAGCAAUAUCUAUCGAUGUAUUCACCAUCUCGAUACUCAAAAAUAUUUAGUGACGAAGAGAGUAUACAUAAUAAUAAUCAUCAUAAACGUGAAGUUAGACGAGGAUAUGUGCCUGUUUUGGUAGGCAAGUGUGAGGAGGAAGAAGAGAGGUUUAUGGUACCUUUAGGAUGGAUGAAGCAUCCUUCUAUUGUUGAUUUGCUUCAAUUAUCCGCUAGUGAAUUUGGGUAUCAUCAGCAAGGUGUUAUUCAAAUUCCUUGUGAAACACUUCAUUUUCGAGUUGUUAUGGAGAAAAUUUCUUCCCAAAAGAAAGGUCUAAGAUUAUGA